CGGAUAGGCGGGACAGAAAGCAGAGCGCUUGUUCAGAGGCUGCAGCUGGAGAGCCGUUUACUUUUUACCAAAACUGACGCUUCAGACGAAUGAGAGGCGCAUUUUAACGCCUGGGGAGUCUGAGAGACGCCGACUUAGAAACGAGUUUAUGUGCUGAGAGACUGAUAGCUAAACGGAGCCAAAACUUUGACCGGAAGGAGGGAUUUUAACUGGAAACAGGAAAGGACGCUGCUGACCGAGCAUUCUGUUCAGUUCGGGACAUCUCCAGCGAUGUUUGACAAGCAACAUUACGAGAGUCCACCAGUCUACAGCCCUCCCUUCACCUCUCCAUCCAACAAUGGCUUCGGUCCUGUCGGCAGCUUCCAAGGCCCUCAGAGUGGUUACAAUGCAUACCCACCGCCGCCUGGAUCUUACUACGUCGAAGACAGGCCUCAGCACUUCUACAAAUGGCUGUCCCCACCUGGGAUCAUCAAGGCCAUGAUGGCUACAGUGAUAGUGUUGUGUUUGGCCAUAUUUGCCUGCGUUGCUUCGACACUUAUGUGGGAAUUCCAAUAUGGAUACGGAGCAGGAGGGGGUUACUACGGUUCUGGUAUGGGCUACGGCAGCAGCUACAUUGGAGGAAGCUAUGGCUCAGGCUACGGAGGCAUUGGAGGUUAUGGAGGCUAUGGAAGCUACUACGGCUCUUACGUUUCUCCUUACUCAGCCAAAACUGCCAUGAUUGCCAUGGCAGCUAUCAGCUUCAUUGGAUCUAUGUCAUUCUUCAUUGCCAGCUUCUCUAAAUCCAAUGUUGUCCGCAGCCGAAAGUUCUUCCUGGCCGUCCUUGUAUGCAGCAUUCUCAUGGGUGUCCUACAGGGCAUCAUGACCAUUGUCUACAUUGUUGGAGUAAAUCCGAUGGCCCAGAGUUCGUCCAGUGUGAUGUAUAAUCCAAUGCUGAUGAUGUGUCAGAACCUCUAUCAAACCAGCUACUCACAGAUGGGGGGACUGGGAGGCUUUCCCAUGUACAACCAGUACCUGUACCACUACUGUUUUGUGGAUCCACAGGAGGGAGUUGCCAUGGUGUGUGGAUUCCUGGUGGUCAUCGCUUUGGGCGUCGCUGCUUUCUUUGCUCAGAAAACAAGAGGGAAGAUCUGGCGCUAUGGAAAACCAAAUAUCUACUGGGAAGAGCCUCUUGUUGGUGGGAAGGCCUCAGAAGGCAGAGAUGUAGAGGAAUGGGUGAACAAUGUGGAGGAAAACCGCAGCGUUCAGGAUGCCCCGACCCUGCUGGUGUCCGAGAAGGGAGGCGGGCUGCUCAACGCCUCAGCGAACAGUGUCGACUCCUACCCCCCUGACAAGGGGGACAGCAGCUCUUACAAUGAGGACGAUAACCAAUACUCAGAAAAAACGACCAGUCGGCCAUCUGAAGUGUUUUCCCACGGUGGCAGGACCAGCUCCAGCCCGUCAGAGGGUCGCAGACCCUCUGCUAACAGGGGCAAGAGGCGCAGACGUAACCCAGACAUGGAUGAGUCCCAGUAUGAAACGGAGUACACAACAGGAGGAGAAACGGGCAAUGAACUUGACAUGGAAGAAUGGGAGAGUGUGUACCCUGACAUAACUUCAGAUGCUCAGAGGCACGAAUACAAGAGGGAGUUUGAUGCAGACCUUCGGGAGUAUAAGCGCCUAUGUGCCGAGAUGGACGACAUCAAUGAUCGGCUGAACAAACUCAGCCGGCAGCUGGACACUCUUGAUGAGAGCUCUGCUAAAUAUCAGGCUGUUGCAGAGGAAUAUAAUCAGCUGAAGGAUCUGAAGCAGACACCAGAAUACCAGUCUAAGAAGAAGGAGUGCCGCAGGCUGAGACACAAACUGUUUCAUAUCAAGCGAAUGGUGAAGAACUAUGACAAGAACCACUGAAGGGUCCACUCUGUUCCAGCUCUCCUCCUGGGGGGCCGCACUGCAAAAACCUCUCAGACAAUUGGCCAAGAUACACUCCAUAAUACUUUAGAGACCUCAACAUUCUGAGGCCAAAGUUACAGCAUACACCCAGGCUCAUGUAGACCCACACUGCACUCGGUACAAAGCACAGAUGUACAGGGAACACAUAUGUAACAUAACCUUUGUUUUCUGACCUCUAACCUGUGUUCACCAGUUUAUUAGAGUAAAAUAAAAGCAGUGUCGACAGCUCUAGCCUCUCCUGAUAUAAACACGUCUCAGUGUUUGCGCUGUGGAGACCACAUACCGCCAGUGAGAGAGGUCGUUUUAAACUUACCUGAUCUUUAGUCACCUGUAUUAACACCAUUCUGAGGGUGCAGUCAUGGGUUAAACUGCUAACAGGGAUUGUUUUGCAGAAAACAUGCAGCUCUGUUAAUCUUUGGUGUGAUCUCUGUGCUUCAGUUAAGCUUUUUGCAGCCACCUUAACCAUCAGAGAACCGCUAACCUGUGGGAACAUUGAACCGUUUUUGUUUUUAUCUGCUCUAAGGUUUUUUUUAUUGACUCAUAAAUGUGAUGAAACCAAAAAGUGAAUAAACUGACCAAUGUGGUAAACUGUAUUGUACUGUACAUACUUUAAAGGACUCCAUUUCAUACUACAUAUCAAGAACAAACUGAGACUACAUGUUAUAUCAGUCAAUAAGAUUGUAGAGCAUUAUUAUAUACACAAGAUAUGUGAUUUUUUAAUCAUUCUCAUUCCAGAUCUGAUUAUUAAAAUUAUUCAAACUGGUUUUAUAUUCUCUAUCAUGAGUACGCCACUAUAAACCUGCCUCAAUGAUGUUCCUCAUUUCAUUCUGCUGUAGUGUUCUAAAUUUUUCAGUUAAAUGCAAAAAGAUCUGCUGUAGAUUUUAAAAUUGCCUUUGAUUUGUUUUGCAUUUUCAUUUUUAUGAAGAUUUUUAUUGUCUUUUUAAAAAACCGUUUUUGAGCCAUUUAUUUUUGUAAGACAUUCAUUUUCAUCGUUGCUGUCAUAAAAUACUGUUUUUGUAACUGUACACCGGCAUAAAUUAUGUCAUCUACGAAGUAUUAAUUUAGCACCUAAUAAACAUCUAAUUCUCAA